CCGAGCGCCUGAUGGCGGGACGGAAGAAAAUCCUUCUAAAGGUUAUCAUUGUAGGUGACAGCGGCUUUGAUUCCAGUGUGGGGAAAACAUCACUGAUGAAUCAGUAUGUGACCCGCAAAUUCAGCAACCAAUACAAGGCCACCAUCGGUGCUGACUUCCUUACCAAGGAAACGGUUGUGGACGACCGAGUGGCCACUCUGCAGCUGUGGGACACCGCUGGCCAAGAGCGAUUUCAGUCUUUGGGUGUGGCGUUCUACCGGGGUGCUGAUUGUUGCGUUCUAGUCUAUGAUGUCACCAUGCCGAAUACAUUCAAGACGCUUGACUCCUGGCGAGAUGAAUUUCUCAUUCAGGCCAGUCCUCGCGAUCCUGAGAAUUUCCCGUUUGUUGUUAUCGGAAAUAAGUGUGAUCUACCCAACCGAGCUGUCGCAGAACGUCGUGCACGCCAGUGGUGUCAAAUGAAGGGUAAUUUGCCCUACUUUGAGUGCAGCGCUAAAGAGGCUACCAACGUGGAUCAGGCAUUCCAGCACGUGGCUCGCGUUGCGCUUGCCCAAGAAUCUG